AUGAUGGUGGAAACCAUCCUCGAGUCCUCUCAGGACUUUGGCAUGUCGAACGGCGCCCUACCACAAUGGAAGCGCGAGCUUCUUCAAAGACGUGCAGCGCGCGCCCGGCCGCCUGCGCCCCCCGCGCCGCCCGCCCCGCCCCCGCCGCCGCCCGCCGACGACGACGACGAGGAGCUCCGCUACGGGCCCGGCAUCGUCAAGAGGCUCAAGUCGCGCUACCUGAGCCUGGCGCUGCGCGAGGCCCCGCGCCGCCGGCCUUCGGUCCUGCGCCGCGCCGCCUCGCUCGAGCACCUGCUGGACGAGCGGCCGCCGCCCGCGCCCCGCCCGCACGCGCGCCCCGCCCGCCCCGUGUCGCUCGCGGCGCCGACCUACGCCGCGCUGUCCGCGCCGCCGCCCCGCCGCGACCUAGUGAAGCGCGCCCGCUCCGUGGACGCACUCAGCCGCCUCGACUCCCGCGAGGACGCUCCUGCACACGUCCCGCUGCAGCCGCCCCCGCAACCGCCGCCGCCCCCGCCCUCGCCGCCGCCGCCCGCGCCCCGCACGGCGCGCCCCCCGCGCCGUCCGACACCGCUGUUGCGCGAGACCGAGCGACCGCCCGCCGACGUCGUCCGCUCGACGCUCAGGAAGUUCGAGUCCGCUCCGCCGCGGAGGACGGCGCCGGCCGCGCGCGUGUCCGCCGUCCUCCGCGGCCUCGAAGCUCUGCCGCGCAGCUCCACGCCGGAGCCCCGGGGCCGGUCGCCGAGCCCGGCGGCCGCCGACCUGUCCGCCAUCGACGAGCCCGAGGGGGCCGCCGCGUCGACUCCGUGCGAAACCAAGCAGGUCUCGCAGGCCGCACUGGAGGGCAUAGCUCGCGCGGGCUCCACGGUGCGCUACUCUUUCGAAGCGCCCAGGCGCGGUUCUCACCUGCCGCCCGUGUCGGCCACCAACCCGGUCCUGCUGGGGAGGUCGCGCCUGUCCGCUUCCCCCCGCCGCGUCGGCGUGAUCCGCCCGAUGCUGGCGCCCGCGCUCGACCGAUCGGUCUCUUCCCCGACGCCCGCUCUGGACGACACCGACGAAAAGGAUGACGUCCAACGAAUCGCUUCGCCGCUGCCCUACGAUAACGAUAAUUCGACUAAAAAAGAUCCGCCGCCCUCCGCUCUUGUCGAACCAAUAGUUCGAUCGACGCCCGAGGAGAGCGCCCCGAUCGUCCCGCAGACCAAUGGAAAUUCUGUCGCACAAAUUAUCCGCGAACUGACUCCGGAGCCGGAAGCGAAGCCGCCGGCGCCCGCCCCGGCAGACACGCCAAAGAUUCCACCCGCAAAAACUCUCAUGAAUGGUCACGCAACUCCGCCGAAGCCGGUCGACGUCAAAGUCAAAGGAACGUACUCGAAAAUCGGCGCCGCCGGUAUAGAGCGCGCCUGGACCGGCGCCGAAGAGAAGAAGACCAGCGUCGUGGUGAAGGACAAGAAGGAGAACGGCGAGACGAAGAGCGUGGUGGCGCCGUGGGCCCGGGGGGGUGAAGCGGGGGUGGGCAGCCCGGCGACGGGCCGCAAGCCGCGCGCCCCCCCACCCUCGUCCACCUCCGUCGUGUUCAACUUCUCAAACCGGAAGGAAGUGCCCGACUACAUCGAGAACGACGGGAUCAUACUACGCGCCAACCGCCGGAACAGAUUCAAGGCCGGCGAAGCGGGCAUAGUGGUGCUUCGGCCCGAGGCACUGGCUCCCGACUCGGAGGACGAGGAGGAGGACGCGCGGCCGCCGUCGCCGUGCAGCGUGCGCUUCGUCAACGACAACGUGCUCAUCAACGGGAAGUCCUCCAUGGCCAUCCGGAUCUGCAGGGACAGGGCCGCUAAGUUAAAACUGCAAUUCGACGAUUCCUUGACCCGCACGUUCGAGUACCCGUCAGAGACGUCGCUGUGCGAGGACAGUCCGUCGCCCACCGCCAACGCCAACGCCAACACGAACGCCAACGCUAGCGCCAACACGCCAACCCCCACCGACCUGAACGCCAACAACAACAAUGGCGAUGCGCCCCAACAGAUCGCCCAACCAGCUCACCUCGCACCGCUCGUCGCUAACACACAUAUCGAUAACGAUUUUAACAAAAGCAUAAAUUAA